UCCAUUUACUACUUCUCCUACAAUCAUUUUUUACCAAGAAUUUUGCAGGGAUGCCUUAAUAGUAUCUUUUCAGAAAUGUUCAGAAGGGAGAAGUUUCACCUGACUGGAGACCAUCCCCUUUAGAGGUAGUUUCUGAGAGAAAAGAAAGGAGAAGAAAGUCAGCUCUGGUUGGGGGUUGGAAAGGGGGGGCUUUAGCCUGAGCUGCAGCCAUCCGCAUGAUCUUUCCUUGCCCAGCUACAGCACAUGAUCUAAUCCCUGAGGCCAGGGAUCUGUGGGGGAUGAGGAGACCUCCCUGCCUCUGAAUAAAGCAGACGGGGCCACAGAUCUCUGCACAUACCACAGGGUGGACUUUUCCAUGGCAUCUCCCAGGCUCGAGACCUUCUGUUGCCCCAACCGGGAUGCAGCCACGCAGCUGGUGCUAGCUUUCCAGCCCCAGGUAUUUAAUGGGGUGUGCCUCGGGAGUGCCUCCUUCAACUUGCUGCUCAGCAUCUUACAGCUCCUCCCCAAGAAGAGCCAGGGGCCCAAGAAGCUCCCCCAAACUUCCUGUGCCACCAUCCUGCUCUUCGUCUCUGCCUGUGAUCUCCUGGGCUGCUUAGGUAUCAUAUUCAGGUCUACAGUAUGGUUAGGAUUUCCAGAUUUCAUUGGAAAUAUCUCCGUGGUGAAUGGAACAGAUGUGUGGCCUACUGCUUUCUGUGUAGGAAGUGCAAUGUGGAUCCAGCUGUUAUAUAGUGCCUGCUUCUGGUGGUUGUUUUGCUAUGCUGUAGAUGCCUACUUGGUGAUAAGAAGAUCUGCAGGAUUAAGUACUAUUCUGCUCUACCAUAUGAUGGCAUGGGGCCUGGCAAUCCUUCUUUGCAUAGAGGGCAUUACUAUGCUUUACUACCCUUCUGUCUUCAGUUGUGAAAGUGGCCUGGAGCAUGCAGUGCCCCAUUAUGUGACUACCUACGUGCCACUUCUGCUAGUUUUGUUGGCCAAUCCCAUCCUGUUCCAAAAGACAGUUAUGGCAGUGGCAUCUUUACUCAAAGGAAGACAAGGCAUUUACACAGAGAAUGAAAGGCGGUUGGGAGCAGUGAUUCAAAUUCGCUUUUUCAAAAUUAUGCUGGUGUUCAUUAUUUGCUGGUUGCCGAAUAUCAUCAACGAAAGUCUUUUGUUCUACCUUGAAACACAGCCAGAUAUCAAUGGAAGCUCCUUGAAAAAUGUUAGAAAUGCAACCUUGAUCACAUGGUUUACUAUGGGAAUACUGAACCCAGUACAAGGCUUUCUUUUCUCCUUGGCUUUCUAUGGCUGGACUGGAUGCAACUUGGAUUUCAAGUGUCAAAAGAAAGAGAUACAGUGGGAAUCUUUGUCGACAUCAGCUGGGGAACAUGCCUAUGCCUCACAAGCCGGUUCGUCCCUCAACUAUGAAAGCUAUUCUCCCAAGAAGACAGUGGUGGUGAAUGGCCAUAAUUCUGAUGAGGCACUGGGCAUGCUGUCAGAAGGUUCUGAUGCCAGCACAAUUGAAAUCCACAUACCGAGUGGGUCCCAAAACUUAAAUGAUGCUGCUGCUCCAGAGGGUAUCAGGGGAAGUCAUGAAGGGCAACCAUUGGAGGGAUGAGAGGCUCCCAUCCUGAAUUCUUAAGGCCAUUGUCGAGGUUUCCUGCUCUUUGGAGCAAUGUGUCCUUCUCACCGGCUCUGCUGUCUCUUUGUCACUAUUACCUUUACUCCUCUACCCAUUCUCCCGUUUUUGAAAGGUUAUUAACUUUUCCCUUACAAAAAAAAAAAAAAAUCACUUUUAGGGUAGAUGAAUGAGCUGUGCCUGGAAAUGGAAGAGCUAACUUGAGCAUUCCCUUGUAAAUGAGCUGUGCAACAGCUUAUCUCAGCAAUGUCACUCCCAGGCAGUUUUCUCAAGCUGGCUGGAAGCCGAAAGCUUGCUCCAAAUCCUUUCCUGGAAAAAUA